AUGGCUGAUAAGGGAUUGGUAUUAAAUUGCGAUUUAAAUGCUUGGAAACUUAAUCGUAAAUUCCUGGUAACAUCUUUAAUGUCUUCAAGUUUUUUGAAACAAUCUUUUGAUGAGACUAAAACUAGACUCGCAGAAGUUGAAUCAUAUUGGGCUAAAAUUGGUCAUGAUAAAUCAUUUGAUUUUCCAAAAUGGAUGACAAGAUUCUUUACGGAUACCACUAUGGUCAUGACUACUGGAAGAAAAGCAACAGCUUCUUCGGCAUAUUAUAAAGAACUCACUAAUAAGAAUAAGAAGAAUAAAUUAGAACCAGCUGAGACUGAAGUCUUCUUAGAUCAUUUAUUGGUUUGGGAAGAUUCCAUGAAAUUCUUUACACUUAUUCCACCAUUAUUGAGACAUUACAUAUUAUAUUAUUAUAAUGAAAAAUUCAAACAAAACAAGGCUUGGUUAGACGAAUAUCUUUUUGGUUUAAUCAGAAAUCGUAAAUCUGAAAUUGAGAGAACACCUGAAAACGUACCAUUACAUAUGAACGUUUUAACACUUUUAGCUAUCGCAAAUACUCCUAGAGGAAUGAAAUCUGAAAUGAAAUUUGAUGUACCACGUUCUUUAACUGAUAAAGAAAUUUCAUCUAAUAUGUUAGAAGUAUUCGCUGGUGGUAUUGCAACCACCGCCAAUUCAGUUAGCUUUAUUUUAUACUAUCUAUCCAAGCAUUCUCAACAUCGAGAACGAUUCCUUCAAGAAAUACAAACAAUCCUUGGUGAUGACAUAAAUACCCCACUUAACUAUGAACAUCUUGAUAAAUUUAUUUUUCUUGAUGCCAUAAUUAAAGAAGGGGCUCGCCUUAACCCUGCUAUAUCAUUAUUCUUUCGAACUGCUGACAGUGAAGAUACGAUUGGCGCAGAUCCGAUACCUAAAUUUGCAUUUUUGCAAUUUGGUGCUGGAAUGAGAAUGUGUCCAGGACGUAAUUGGGCUUUACUUCAGAUAAAGACAUUGUUAAUUUCGUUAUAUAGAAAGUACGAAGUAGAGUUAGCAGACAAGAAUGCACCUUUAAAUCAUGUAUAUACAAUUGUUAAUCAUGUUUACGAUUUAAAUAUCAAAUUUACUCCAAAAUAG